CGCGGCACAACGAGACGGCAAGGCAGGAUGCCGGGUGACGUGGUCGACGAGCAAAAGCCAUGGCGGAAGACAUUCCAGCCGUGCUCCGUGGAAACAUCCAGGGGAGAUGUGCUUUUGGUGGUGCAGUCCUUCAUUGCAGCCUUUAACGACGGCUCGAAACAGAUAGCCAAGAACAACGCCCUGUCCGAGAUGAAAUCGCGAUGUCAAUCCUUGCAAUUUCUCGCGCAUCUCCACACGUUACCCGCAUCCGUCUUCUCGCCCGUGCUCGACAUAGUGUCAACGUUGUGCGUGGACACAAACGACAACGACAGUCUUCGAAACGACCUGGUCGCUCUCCUCUUCGACAUCGCGGGUGGGGCAGUGCUUGUCGGCUACCCUACGCCGCCGUUCGCCAAGGUGCUCGCGACACUUGUCCGCACGGUUGUAGAUGCAAUCAUCGAACUCACCAAUGCAGAUCUUGAAGCGUCGUUCAUCUUGCACCUGCAGACACUGGCGACGUGUCUGCGCGGAAAUGUCGGGGUGAAGCUGUUCGUGUCCGAGCUCCCCACACGGAAAGAACUCGUGCGGACAUUGGCGCUGUUGCUCAAUCGAACCGACGACGCCAGCAUAUUGAUCUACGCCAUGUCUGUGCUCGCUUGUCUGGUUUUGCACGAACCGAUGGGACGAAAGCUUUUCCAGCCCAAGAACGUAUCGCACGCGCUCGCGUUGGUGGUGUCAAUCCUCGACAGCGACACCGCAUCUUCCUCGUCCAUGAUGCUGCGCUUCGAUUCCACGUCGUCAUCCAGCGCUCUUGACACCGUACGUCUCCAACUCGCCAGUGUCAACUUGGUUCUCGACUGGGCGACCCAGCCAUGGAUCCUCGACCUACUGGAAACGUCCGGUGAAAUCGUCCACCUCGUUGAGGUCAUGCUGCCUCGCCUCCACCUGCACGAGACAGUGCAGCGCCUCCACGUCGCGCUCCACUUUCUCCAUGGCGUAGCCGCUACGAGCCAUCGCCUGCGGAAAACAAUCGGGUCCAAGUGCCCGCCGCUGGCCAAGGUCAUGGCGGUGGUGCUUCAUCCAGUUGCAAUCGUUGCAAUCGCUGCGACGAAGUUUUUUGUCGCGUUGCUCACGGACGACAAGCCCCUCGUCGAAACGUUGCUCGAUGACGCGAGCAUCGCUGACCCGGCUUCAACACCGCCACCGUCGGCGGCCAUGUCGUUCGCCAACCCGACGACGCCUGCGUCCGCGCAGUCGUCAACUCCGGACAAGUUGCUCCCGUUGCUGCAGCCGUUGCUCAUUGGUCUCUUCCGAACCCUUCAUGCCACAAUCACCCAACUUGUCCGACAUGACGUCGUCCCAGCCGUAUCCAGCGAUGUCGACCAUCGUCCUUCCAACGACUUGAACAACCCGAUCAGUGCGACCGAUGCAUACCAGCAUGCCGUGUGGAUCUGCCUUCUACUCGUCCAGCUCGGGGCGGACGCGCGCAUCGUCACGUUGAGUGUACCCCUCAUCAACUUUAGUCAGCUGGUCGGGCUGGCCCAGCGAGAGGCCACGCUGUACGAGUCCUUACCCCCUGAAGCUGCCCUUGAAUUCACUCCCCGCUUCUCCUUGGCCUUUAUGGCGCUCGUGGGUGCAUUGGUGAUUCACAACGACAUGGACGACGACGUGCUGCGAGAAUGCCAUGCAACGCUUCAACAUCCGGCGGUUGCGUUUGUCGCGGCUCGAGGGCUGUGCCAAGUCGACGAGAAGCAGUGGACAUUGCGUGUUUUGGCUUUUCUCCGUCGGGUCUUUGCGCUGUCGAUUCAUUCGACGAAGUCCCCGCAGCUCCUCCCGCUUGCCGACGCUCUCUACGCGGCACAUCAGAAACACCACGAUGCGAUCGUGUCUUGGACCGAUCGUGUCACACGGCGCGACGCGGCGCUUCAACUCGCGUCGAAACAAGUCGACCGAGUCACGGCUGAACUAGACUUGGUGCGUGCCAACGCGGCCGACGAGCGAAUGUUGGCCAGGACCGAGCACGCGCGGCUCCAAAAGGAACUGGACGCGCAACGGACCGCGCACGAACAUGUUCUCGAGAGCCUGACCGCCAACAUGGAGACUCAGCUGGGAAAAGUCAAAGCACACUGCGAUGGGCUGCUUCGACAGCUGCAAGACAAGACCGACGCGCUGGAAAAGAAGAGAGCGCAGUUGCAGGACAGCCGCAUGCAACGCGGGCAACUCGACCAAGACAACCAAGCGUUGCAGCGAAAGCUGCUCAUGUUGGAGAUGCGACUGGAUGAAGUGGGUGAAGCGAAUGCCGCCGCGGCCGCCGACGUCGAGCGCAUGUCAACCAAAGCGAGGCAAGCACAAACCGAGCUCGAGUCGAUGUCGGAGGCAUACGCUGCCCAGAGCGGAGACCUCCUCGCCGCCCGCGAGUCCAACACGCAUUUGAAACGGACGGUCGAGUUGCACGAAGAAAAGCACGAGAGCUUGUAUCGCCAGUUGGUUCUCUUAGCAAAAGCCCACCACCAACAAACGGACGACUUGCGACGCACGACCGAGGAACGAGAAGUCGCCGUUCGCGAGCUCCAAGAAGCCCAUGCCAAGCUCGACGACUUGCACCAGCACGUCGAGGACCAAGAAAUUCGGAUUCAGUCGCACAAAGAGCACAUGGCAGAGCUUGAACGCACAAUUGUGCGCUACGAGCAGUCGGUGGCUGAAGAACAAGCACGGUCGAGCUCCCUACGCCACGACUUGGACAUGUUGCGCCAUCAGCACGUCAAAAUGCAGAACGAAGCGGCGGCGAUCGUCAUGCAGAAUGCAGAGCUUCAACGACAGGUCGACACGACGACAGCAGCACUCGCCCAGCGAGAUGGAGACGUCCAACGGCUCAAAGCUGAGCUGAACAAAUAUGCCAAGAUCCAAGCAAUGAUCCAUCAGUUGAGCGAUGGUGCCGCCGUCACGGCACUGUCGCAACGGUCCACUCCUGACAGCGCGUCACCAGGGUCGCACCAUGCAUUUGUCCCGGAAACCCAGUUCAGUCAGUGAUUCCAUCCGCCCCACCCAUCGUAUUUAUGAUCUCACCCUUGUAACCUACUUCUACACCAAACCUAAUGUCGACUCUGCUAUCGCGCCGGAGCGGUGGGAACAUCCACGACGAGUCGCGUGCGCCUCAACGCGACACUUAACAGCAAUAGCACUUGCGCGUCGACUGGGGCGUUAACGAAGUCCAGAGGAUGGUCCGUGCGGCGAAGAACCAUUGUAUUGUAGCCCUUUCGCGGUAUUUCCUGGGGGCUGUGCCGGUACAAGUCUUCCGUGGCGCGGUAAAUGCCAUGCGGUGUCAACUUGAGCCGCCAUGGAGUGCGCAAUUCAAAUUUGAAAAUACAAUUGAUUGCCUUUGAUUGGA